AUAAAACGAGCACUGCCUCUUUAAACGACAAGCCGUGUGUAAUUACUGCUGUGGCGAGUUUCGCCGCUUAGGGAGUCGCAGUUGCACAGAGCACUGGUGCACACGUCUGAGUGUUGGAAUAAUUUAUUAGGGAGUCGGAGAGAAAAAAGUAAGGUGCUUCUGCGUUUUUUAUAAUCAACAGUCGGCUAUUUGUACACGGCGAUGUAAUGUUAAGUUACGUUAUUGCUGGUACUAUACUUCCUCCCUUGGAUAUCGGUGGUUUUUUUAUUUGUAAUAUUUGACUUCCCCGCAGAUAAAGAUGGAUUGGAUCCCUGUCGCACUGUGGAAUUAGUUUUGCCCAGGUCGUGUUACGUGUUGCGUUUUCAGAAGCUCUGACCCCUGCCUUUAACAGGUGGAAUCGCGUCCUCCUUCCCCGUCACAUUUCCACCGGCUACCGGGACGUGACAUGGGGAAUCAGGUUGAAAAACUGACUCAUUUAAGUUACGCAGAAGUUCCAACGGCGGAUCCGAACGGGUUGGAUCCCGAGGAGGAUUGUCCAAGGAUUGGUGUGUCCUACAUUUUUUCAAACGAUGACGACGAUCUGGAGGAUAACUGUGGAACAGACAACGACCAAAAUCAGGAAGAGAAGCAGUAUGACAAGCGCAACGAGCUGGAGUGUGCCGUUUAUUACCGAGACGAAUGCGUUUACGAGAAAAGUACAAAGACAGUAGACAUGGGUACGUAUUCUCCGGAGAAUCUAUUGAACAAAUGUAAGCCGGGCGACUUGAUCGAGUUCGUGGCCACCGGCCAGUAUCCCCACUGGGCUGUGUACGUGGGAGACUUUCAGGUCGUACAUUUGCACAGAGCCGAGAUAAAGAACAAUUUUCUGACCGAUGCUAGUCAAGGCAAAAGAGGUAGGAUUGCCAAUGAUCUUUACAAAUUCAAACCAUUGAACCCUGACGUAGUGGUACAGAACGCAAUGGAACAAGUCGGAGCGAAAGACAGAGAGCUAAGUUGGAGAAACUCUGAAUGUUUUGCUGCCUGGUGCAAAUUUGGUAAACGUGAGUUCAAAAUCGGAGGCGAAAUACGAAUUGGUAAGCAGCCUUACAGGUUAAAAAUACAGCUGUCUGAGAAAAGGAGUCAUGUUCUGGAAUUUCAGAGUUUGGAGGACUUGAUCAUGGAAAAGAGGAGAAACGACCAAAUUGGAAAGGCUGCAGUGGUCCAGGAGCUAGCAAAUCAUCUCAACUGCGUGGAGGAAAUCAAUAAUGAACACAAUGAGAACUGAUGGAUUAAAACGGCGGGUUUGGAUAUGAAAUUGUAAUAAUUAGUGAUGGGGCAAGUGGGACUUCACGGAGCAUUCAGACUAACAGGAACCAUAUAAUUCGGUUACCUUGACGAUUUCAGGUUUUGAGCCAAUCAGAGAGCUUUGCCAUUAUGGGCAGAGCCGUUGGAUUGUUUGGAAUAGGUUAAUAAUUAAGCAACUUGUUGACAUGGUUAUACCAGCGGUUAGUGGUCUGGAAUAUAUCUUACCCAUCAUCAAUAAUGACAACCUUUUUGUGCCCAUUACUGUUAUUAUUAUUAUUUUUUUAAUCAAAUUGCAAGUGUGUACAGGGAUACGUGUGUGUGCGUGUGUGUGUGUUUGGCUGGGGGCUGAUAUGUGAUUCGGCGUCAGCACAGUUUGACUGAAGCCACCCCCAAUCCAAAAAAAUGGAUGGAGGGGGCAUUAUGUGUGCCCUCCUUUUCAACUCUGAGCCCCCCUCCUGGAAGUUAUGUGCUUAUUGCAUUGCGGUUUGUGCAAUUCGGGUUUAGGGCACGGAGGAGACAAUCUUAAAGGUGAAUUCAUCCUGUUCUAUAAAUAUUUGUAUCUCAAGAUACUUCCCUUUCCAGCUUUACACAACUGUUUUCUUGUUAUUCCUCACCGCCACUGCUUCAAGCACUUUAAAUUGACUAAUAAAUUAUUUGUUUAACAGUUUUCUGGACUAUAUCAUUAAUGGAAGGAAUACGCCACAAUAAAUGCCUUUUUAAACUACGAUGUUGAGAACAUUUCGUGAUAAAUUUCAUCGAGGUGUCUCCCGAAAUGGAGUUUCACGUGUAGGAAUUUUGGCAUGAUCACCUUUUCUUGCAGAUAUUGUGGAAAUAAUUUAUGGCUGCAGAGAAAAGGAGCGGCGUUUCUAUCUCUCUCUGUGGGAGACGGCAG